GUCAAAAGUAAAAACUCACCAUUCACUUAAACUAAAAAUCAAGAAAAUGGUCUCUCUAUUCACUUCAGUUCUCUUGUCUCUAUGUUUAUUCUCUUCACAUAUUCUCUCAAACGUAAACGCCAAACCAAAACUAGGUUUCACCACCGAUCUGAUCCACCGCGAUUCUCCUAAAUCGCCAUUCUAUAACCCGGCGGAAACCCCUUCCCAGCGUAUGAGAAACGCGAUCAACCGAUCCUUUAACCGUGUUUCGCAUUUCACUGAUCUCUCUGAAAUGGAUGCAUCACUUAACUCACCACAAACUGAUAUCACCCCAUGUGGCGGUGAAUAUCUCAUGAACCUAUCCCUUGGAACACCUCCUUCCCCGUUCAUGGCGGUCGCUGACACUGGAAGUGAUCUCAUCUGGACGCAGUGCAAACCCUGUGAUGAUUGUUACACUCAAGUUGAUCCUCUCUUUGACCCUAAAGCGUCUUCCACAUACAAAAACGUUUCUUGCCCCUCAAGCCAAUGUAGUGCCCUAAAAGGUGAAGCCCCUUGUUCCACAGAAGAUAAAACUUGCUCUUACGGUAUAUCUUACGGGGAUGGCUCAUACACAGAGGGUAAGGUCGCUGUGGAUACCUUAACACUCGGCUCCACCGAUAACCGCCCGAUGCAGCUUAAGAAUAUUAUCAUCGGUUGUGGUCACAACAACGCUGUAACAUUUAGAAACAAGAGCUCUGGAGUCGUUGGACUUGGUGGUGGUGCAGUUUCGCUCAUUAAGCAACUCGGAGACUCCAUCGACGGUAAAUUCUCAUACUGCUUGGUACCUGAAAAUAAUCAAACGAGCAAGAUCAACUUCGGAACUAAUGCCGUUGUGUCGGGACCGGGAACUGUCUCAACUCCUUUGGUCUUGAAGUCUCGAGAGACCUUCUAUUAUCUAACCCUAAAAUCUAUUAGCGUGGGAAGCAAGAAUAUGCAAACCCCAAACUCAGAUACCAAGGGAAACAUGGUCAUCGAUUCGGGCACAACUCUAACGCUUCUACCAGUGAAAUAUUAUUUCGAUAUUGAGAAUGCUGUUGCGUCCUUAAUCAAUGCAGAGAAGUCGAAAGAUGAAAGAAUUGGUUCGAGUCUGUGUUACAAUGCAACCGCAGAUCUGAAUAUCCCAGUCAUUACUAUGCAUUUCGAAGGAGCAGAUGUGAAGCUUUAUCCCUAUAAUUCAUUUUUUAAAGUCACAGAUGAUUUGGUUUGCUUGGCCUUUGGCAUGAGCUUUUCUAGGAAUGGGAUAUACGGGAAUGUGGCGCAGAAGAACUUUCUUGUUGGAUACGACACUGUUUCCAAAACGAUGUCAUUUAAACCAACGGAUUGUGCAAAGUUGUAGAUGGUUCAUCUCAGCAUAUGGCUGAUUUCAUUUGAGCCUUAAGUAGUUAUUUGAAUUUCUUUUGUUUCAUUCCCUCAGGCAGGACUAUAACAUGUAAUAGAAUCGCCUUUCAUAGGCGACUAAGUUUGCUCCUUUGUUUCCAAAAAUCCUUUUAUCAACUAAGUUUCGAUAAAUAUUUUAUUGUCUA